UCAAGUGUAUGUUAGUGACGGAUGGUGGGGAUUGGGGGGAGUUUCAGCCCAUGUUUGGACAUGUUUACACUCGGGUGUUGCCUAUCAGGGAAACGACUAGAAAGUGCUCUGUGGUUCAAGUGCUCGGUAGUAUACAGUUGCCGGUGUCUAGAGUAACAUUUGCAAACGAUUUUUAAAUCAUGGCUCAAGCUAAAAUCCAUGCAAAAAUGAAUGAAGGCGACAAGAACAGUAAAUUCAGUAGAUCCAUGUCAAUGGCAGAUCGUUCAGGACGCUUAUUAGAAAGUUUGGAUCAGCUGGAACUCAGAGUUGACUCUUUGCGAGAGGCAGCGUCUGCUUUGGAACAGGAAAAAGAGAGCCUGCUGGAGAUGAUUAACUCCAUACAGAGCAGCCAGGAGAUGCGCAGCAUCAGUGAUGGUGAAAGAGAGGAGCUUAGUUUAACAGCCAGUCGUCUUCUAGGCAGGACCCUGACUGUUGAGGUUUCAGUGGAAACAAUUCGCAACCCACAGCAGCAGGAUGCUCUCAGCAAGGCCACCUCUAUUGUUGACGAGAUAGCUGGGGAAAUUCUAGAUGACCUGGAAGGGGGCAGGAAACGCUUGCUAUCCCUCCUUGCUGCCUGUGUCACCGAGGCACCCCCUGUCCCAAUUGAUCAGAAGUUCCAGAGCUUAGUGAUCAGCUGUGCUUUGGAGGACCAGAAAAAAAUCAAGAGGAGGCUAGAAACCCUCAUCAGAAAUGUGGACAAUUCAGGGAAAACCAUAAGAAUCAUGGAUCAGAAGAAGAUAAAUGGCCAAAAAGAGAACAAGAGCCUUCCGUAGUGCAAUCACCAGUGGUAUAUGACUUUAUCUAAAUCUGCAAGUCUACCAAUAACCCCUUAAGGACCAAUGACAAUUGUACUAAGAGGUGCACAUGGGACCUCAUAAACUCUUUGUUUUGAGGUGAUUAAACUUCCAAAAUACAUUUUUAUACUGGAAAGGCAGAAUUGCUGAUGAUAAACCUGGUCCUUAAGGGGUUGACGUAGCUCUUGAAAUUGAAGGAUAGGAUUACUGUAUGACAAGGUCAUACACAUUCCACUAGAAAAUAUUUACAUGCCUACAAAACCGUCUUCACUGUGUCCAAAAUAUUAAUGUGGGAUGUGAGGAUCUUUGUACUUAACAUUUGAUUAACUGCAAAUAAUGUAUGGGUUAGGGUGAAGGUAUAGAGUGUGAAUUGUUUAGGGUUAAAUUAAGAUUCAGGCUUGAUACGAUAGGAGCGUAGAAAGUUUAUGAAGUCUCAGUUCCAAUCUUACUAACAUCCCUAGCAUUAGGACUGUUUAGCAAAAAGUAACAAUGAAUUGCACUUAAGGUAUCAUUUUGUUUAAUAUUCUCAAGUGAAUUAUUUUAUACUACUCCAAAUUUGCUAAGGAUCACUUGGUUAUAUGGUAUUUGUGUGAAGACAAUAAUAAAAAAAAUUGAAACAAUACAUUAAAUUUAACACCUUUAUUUAAAAAUAUUGAAUUUAGGACAAUUUCUAAAUAAGAUAAUCAAGAUUUGAGUUUGGUUCAAUUUCUACAGGU